UCUCCAAUGAGCCCAGUCCUGCCCAGUUCCGCUGCACGCGUCCUUAGUUUUCUCACCGUGAGAGUGAGUGGAGCUGCGCGCGCACUGACUGAACUUCACCGGAACGCGCACGUGCUGUCCAGUCAGAUGGACAUCUCUAAUCCUGCUCCUGGAAAGCAGAUUGCGAGCCCUGAUGGACCCACUUUACCCCCUCUGACACCCCCUCUUCUCCCUAAAGACUCCUCCCACUCACCUGCUUCCACUGCCACACCCUGCCAUGGACAGGUGCGCCAAGGGCGGGGCUUUGCAGUAGUGGCGAAGCGAGUGAUUCAGGAAGAGAGGAAGAGGAAGGAGGAGGAGAAGGAUAGGGUGGAGCAGGAAGAGGAUGCAGCUGAUGAAGAAGUGAGCUUUGAGGAGCUUCUAGAGAAAGCUAAAGCAGGAGAUUCUAAAGCCCAAAGCAGUUUGGGUAAAUACUAUCUGAAGUUAGGGGCAGACGUUGAGGCUGAUGUAAAUAACCAAGUGGCUGUGGAAUGGCUGGUGAGAGCAGCAAAACAGGGACGAAGAGAUGCAGCAAAACUACUACAACAGUGCUGGAUCAAAAAAAGAGGCAUCACUCCACAGAAUGAAGCUGAGGUGCGUUCUCUGUCGAGAGAGAGCAAGCUUGAGCAAGCGGUUCGACGAGCAGCGAUGACGAUGUAUUGGAAGUUAAACCCAGACAGGAAGGAAAAAAUGGACAAGAGAGAAAUAUUGCAGAAUGUCAGUCAGGUCAACAGUGAAGCAGGUGGUGUGUGUAGUGGCGCUUCAGGCAUCCAGACACAGAGAAAACUUUUGGAGACAAUGGUGGCCAGUGAGCCACACAGUCAGUAUGUGGAUGUGGAGGGGUUUGUGGAGAUGACAAAAAAAUACACAGAGAACAUCACGCAGAGUAAAGAGUCGAAGCAAGACACUGCGAGAGGAGGAGAGUGGGACUGGAACGAUUUGACAGCACUGGACAAGAAGGGUGUGUGUCCUGUAUCUCAUAAGAAAAGUGUGUGGCCUGGCAGUCAGAUGAUGCUGGAAACGAAACACAGCAUGAAGAGAGCCAUGGACAUCAAAUCCUAUUUCCUGGGUCUGCAAUAUCCUCUCCUUCUGAUCCUGGAUGUAAAGGAGCACCUGGUGGACUGGGCAUCUCGUGCAGGUGUUCAGUGGCUGAGCACCGUCAUACCGACUCAACACGUUAAUGCACUCGUCUUCUUCUUCAUCAUUUCUAACCUAAGUGUUGAUCUGUUCUUCUUCUUCAUCCCUCUCCUUACGUUCUACCUGGCUUUCAUCUCCAUGGCAAUCUGCACUCUGCGGGUGUUUCGUAGCAGUAAAUGCUGGCAGAAUUUUAGUGCUUUAGCAGCUCUCCUGAGGCAUUUUGAUCCUGAGCUAGACGUUGAGUCUCACUUUGGCUGGAGUCAGCUGGAACAAUACCUUUACUUCCUGGUUUCUGUGUGUUUUGUGAUCUUCAGUUUCCCAUUGGCUGAUAAACGCUGGAUCCCAUGCUCAGAGCUCUGCACGGUGGCCAUGUUCUUCACAGCUCUAAGUUAUGCCUCUCUGACCCCAGCAGCGGCGUUGUACACACGUAGAGCAUUUGUCAUCGAGGUAGCCUCCUCCCUCUGUGCCCUAACGACUCGCCUUCCUGAGGAAUUUAAGACGCUGCGUCUUUUAGGACAAACAUAUGCAACAGUGCCAAUCGGCGAGUUGGUGGUGCUUACGAUUAGCCUGCCAUGCCUGCUUUAUGUCUACCUUUUCUACCUGUUCUUUAGCAUGGCCCGGAUGCAUGGAUUCAGAGGGACGUACUGCUUCCUGGUUCCAUACCUAGUGUGUUUUAUGUGGUUGGAGUUUGCAGUGAUUCUCCUGCAGAACUCCACUCUGAUUGGUCUGAUUCGCACUUGUGUUGCAUACUUCCUCUUUCUGUUCGCUCUGCCUGUGCUGGCGCUGGGACUGGCGGCCAUGUUAAUGAUCCAGAUGGUAAAGUGGUUUGUGGAACUGGAGAUAACAAAGAUGUUGGUGACGUUAGCGGUGUGUGUGGUUCCCGUUACACUCCGUCUGUGGACUCGCUUCAGUCUAUCGAUUCUGAACGUGCUGAGCUCCAUCACACACCGUGGCCCUGUCAAACUCAUCCUGUUGUGUUUGUGCUGUGUUUUUUUGGUGUGUUUGGGUUAUGUGUACAGUGCAGAGGGGCUGAAGGUGUAUAACUCCACACUGACGUGGGAGCAGUACGGCACAUUGUGCGGCCCCUCAGCAUGGAAACAACACGGCGUCACGCGCACUCAGAUCCUCUGCAGUCACCUGGAGGGACACAGAGUCACAUGGAGCGGAAGGUUUCAGGGUGUCCGCGUGGCCGAGACAGAGAACGGAGCUCAGUCCCUUAUCAACUUACUGCCUGUGUUCAUAGGUGAUUGGCUGCGCUGCCUCUAUGGUGAUGAAUAUCCGUCCUGUGAGGGGCGGAAUGCUAGCAAUUCAUUACAGGAACAAACAAGUGUAAAUGCAUCAGUUCUCUUCCAGCAGCGAGAGGAAGAUGAACUCUGCCGCAUCAAACCUGUAGCAAAACACCGCUGCCAUGUUAAACGCUUUGAUAAAUACCGCUUUGAAGUAACAGUGCGCCAUCCAGUGGGUGGAGCUGAGAUUCAAGACACUGACAGUGACAUCAUCCUCCUUGCAAGCCAUGAGUUUAAGCAGGUAUUGCUGAUCCUAGAUGAGGGCAGCAUGGUGGAGUUUAGCACCAAGUUGGAGGGGAAACUGGGAUCCAAACUACCGAGACUGGAGCUGAAAGCAAUUAACUGUCUGAACUGCAGAUCGUCACUGCUGCCUGAAGGACGGCAAGUCAAAAUCGAACGCAACUGGAGGAAGAGCUUGCAGGCGGCCAUCAAAUUCGCCUUCGACUUCUUCUUCUCCCCCUUGCUCUCUGCCAGGUUCAAGGUGUGAGGUAGAGGAAAGUAGUAGUGAGUGAAUGUUAGGGAACAAAUUCAUGGAAUGUUCCAGUACUGAAAAGGAAAAAGCAGAAGUGUUGUUUAUUGUGCUUUACAGUGCCGAUGCUUGAUGUGAAAAAAUAAAACUCAUAUCAGCACCAAG